AUCUACCUUCUAUAAUCGUGUACGAUAAAAAAUAUUAAGUAUUAACGCGAUCGUGUGUACUGUCCGGUGAUUCUGCGUGAAUAUAUUUAUAAGUUUCACGACAUGAAUUUUCUAUCAAGUUGGAUUAAAGGUAAAUCAAACCAACAUCUUAUCGUGAUUUUCGGUAUACUUCAUUUGACGUGUGGUUUAUAUGAAGAUCAGAUUGGAAAAUUCGAUUGGCGUCAACAUUAUAUUGGUAAGGUUAAGUAUGGAGCAUUUGAUCCGGGUUCUUCCGAUCGAAUAAUUGUUGCCACCGAAAGUAAUGUAUUGGCUGCUAUAAGUUCCAAAACUGGUGAAAUUAUAUGGCGACAAAUACUAGAGAAAAGUUCUCGAGGGAAUAUCAAACUAUUAUCUGUUCCCGUGCAGCGAAAUGGAGUUCAAUCAAGCGGAAGCAAAUAUAAUAAAGCUUUUGAUGUAAUAACUGUUUCUGGAGUUAGUCCGGCACUUAUCCGUGGAUGGAAUCCUAAUACUGGAACUCUGGAAUGGGAAUGGACACUUCUGCCAACAUCAUCAGAGAAAGUCGACAGCGCGGAUUGGUUCAUCAAGGAUGGCUACUUAUAUCAUAUUGUCCCCAUCUGGGCUUCUCAUAUCGAGGUUACAGAGUAUGUAGCCAAUAGUGGCCAACAGACUAAACAGACUACAACCCGUUUUGCAGCACCAUGGAUUGUCGAAGGAAGUUGCAUAUUAACUGCUCCAUUUUUCGCCUGUACUAAGGGUGAUCAAAUUUUAGCCAUUAACCUAUUAUCUAACAGUGAACAAGUUAUUGUCAAAAAACUCGCGAAAGACGUUAUCGAAUCUCCGCAGAAACUAUUUGGCGAUUCUGCUAUAAUACAAGAUAACAAAAUUUACUGGCUAAAUUCCGAUCAAACUCUUCAAAUAAAUCCAGAAGAUGCCGUCUUAGUGGACAAUGGAAUUAUUGAAGGUGAACCUGUUCUACUACUGACCUCGGUUAAUAGAAACCAACAGACACUGAAAGUAUCGGCGAUAAAGUUGACGGAAAACGCCCCGUACGAAGCAAUUGACUUCUCUUCUGAUUACCCGGAAUCCCUGGGAAAACCAGAGAUAAUUUCUGUUCGUUGUAAACCGAGUUCCUCCAGUAACCAGUUAGCCUGCCGGCUGCUUAUUUCCAGUGCAGAUGGUGCAUUUACUUUGAUUCAAUCAGGAAAAAUUAAAUGGACCCGCGAAGAAGCACUGGCUGAAGUUGAAACGGCAGACUUUUUGGAUCUAACGUUAUCUGAUGCGGAAGGAGCAAUCGAGGAAGAAUUGAAUAAUAAAAAUGAGGAGAGCUCUUUAGAAUGGGACGUGUUUGGUGCAUUGCAACGACGUAUCUCCAGUCAAAUAAGCCAUGUGAAAAAUCUAGUGCUACAUGUUCUUGGACUUGGUCCCGCACCGUCAAAGGCUCAAAAAGCAGGUCUAGUUCGCGAUGAUUUCGGGUUACACAAAAUGCUGGUUGUCGUGACCAGCCGUGGUAAAAUUUUUGGUAUAGACAACAUCAGUGGUAAACAACAUUGGGUUAGAUAUAUUGCGAGCAUUACCCGUUUUGCCAACGACCAAAACAUGAAAUUGUUGGUACAGAGAACUUCUCGUUUUUAUCCACUGACAGCGCAGUGUGUUAUUCUCGGUCGGGAUAAGAAGACUAAACAUGGACUUAUCUAUCAGUUCAAUCCGAUCACUGGACAACCUAUUAAUGGAGAGAUAACACAGUUACCAUACAAAAUUCAGCAGGUUUCACUACUACACGAGACAGGACCAGAUUUUUUGAAAGGAUUGCUUAUCUUGGACGAGAAAAAUGAUGCUCACGUAUUGCCGGAGAGUUCCGAAAAGUAUGCUCAUAACGUUUAUUUGUUCAGUGCCGAUCGUGACACUGCCACAAUCAAAGGAUUUUUGAUCGAAUCACGGUCCGGUAAACUAACAACUGUACCAACAUGGGUCGUGAAUCUCGGAGGACCAGGGUUAGGACAGAAAAUUAUUUCAAUAGAGGGUAAAAAUCCAAUUGAACAUGUACAUUCCCAAGGUCGUGUAUUAGCCGAUCGAUCAGUUUUGUACAAAUACAUCAACCCCAACUUGGUUGCGGUGGCGACUCAUGGACCAGACAACAUACACAAAUACAUUUUAAACGUUUACCUUUUGGAUGUCGUAUCUGGAUCGAUUGUGUUUUCCAUGUCUCACAAACGUAUUCGACCUCCGCUACAUAUGGUUCACUCGGAAAACUGGCUCAUUUAUUCAUACUACAAUGAUAAGGUUCGCCGAACGGAAGUCUCCACUCUUGAACUGUACGAAGGAAAAACUCAAACAAACAGUACAGCUUGGAGCUCACUGGAUGCUCCACCAUUGCCACUUGUAGAACGGCAAACCUAUAUCUUACCAGUAGCUGUUGCCUCAAUGAAAGAAACUAUCACCGAGAAGGGCAUUACAAACAAACAUGUUCUAAUUGGUCUUACCACCGGUGCCAUAGCAGAAAUGUCCUGGGCACUGUUGGAUCCUCGACGUCCAGUAACGUCACCGGAAAAGGCUCGUGAAGAAGGAAUCAUUCCCUACAUGCCAGAAUUGCCAAUGCCUCAUGAGAUAAUUAUCAAUUACAACCAGACAAUUGCCAACAUGAAGGGCAUUUACACUGCUCCCUCAGGGUUAGAAAGUUCGUGCCUUGUAUUCGCUCAUGGUUUGGACGUAUUUGUUACACGCGUCGCUCCGUCAAAAACGUUUGAUUUGCUAAAGGAGGACUUCGAUUACUUUCUGAUUACAGUGGUUCUUGUACUGCUUACUAGCACUUCCUAUAUCGUGAAGCUGUUUGCCUCGAAAAAAGCGAUCAAGCAAGCAUGGAAAUAAAAAAUAGUCAAUAUAACUAGGAUAACUAAUGCGUAUAGGCUUCUUGUUUUGUUUUGUUAAAUUUACUCUAGUUUGUGCGUAAUUUAUCAUGCCAUACGAACAUUCUCAUAGCAUUUUUGUUUUCAACGGUGGGAUUACAUAAACUGGAGCGAGUAUAGUCGGCACUAUACUACACCAGUGCAGCGCUAAAGACAAAAACGGCAUUAGGCAAUUUCCUCACAAUUCAUUUCAAUCAAAUUUAGGUGUUUCACAAGCAGAAUGUUUUGACUUCGAUCGUAGUACCAAAGAGUAACAUUAUUAUGACAUACUUUCGAAAAAUCACAUGGGUAACAAUAUCAUAACGUAAACUGCUGACCAUUUUUCUAAUUGAAGAACACAGAAAAAAUAUCUGAUUUCUUAGUUGCAUUAUACGAAAACAUUAGAUUGAUAAAAAUAAAUGGUAUAAAUUUCUGGGUCCAUUCAA